AUGUUGCUCCCACGUACUGCUAGACUGGCCUCGACGCUUCGAAUUGCUGUCAAUUCGAAGUUCAAUGCAUUCUCAAGGUUUUACAGUGAUGCUGCUCCUGGAACUCUUGCGAAGACUCCCCUCCACGACCUCCAUGUUGCGAAGGGAGCGAAGAUGGUUCCCUUCGCGGGGUACUCUAUGCCCGUGCUUUACUCCGGAGAGAGUGUGGGAGAGAGUCAUAAUUGGGUCAGGGAGAAGGCCGGGCUGUUUGAUGUUUCCCAUAUGGUUCAGCACCGUUUAACCGGUCCCGGAGCAUUGCCUUUCUUACACUUCGUUACCCCCUCGGAUCUCACACGCCUGCCGCAGUUUCAGUCUACGCUUUCGGUGUUUUUGCAUCCGACUACUGGUGGGAUAGUGGAUGAUUUGAUCAUCACCUCGCAUGGGCCCGAGGAUUUCUACAUCGUUACUAAUGCUGCGUGCAAAGAUAAGGAUCUUGCAUAUAUGGCUAGGAAUAUGAGGCACUUGUCUUCUUCGGACAUUAAACAUGAAGUUCUCAUUGGACAAGGCUUGGUUGCCUUGCAAGGGCCUUUGGCAAAGGAUAUAUUGACGGAGUACCUUACCGGCUUGACCGGCUCCCCGGUAGAUCUUUCGAAACUGUACUUUGGCACUUCAAUGUUUGUUGAGAUUCCAUCUCUCGGUGAAAAACUACACGUUGCGCGUGCAGGAUACACCGGAGAGGAUGGAUUCGAGAUUUCCAUUUCUGAAAAGAACACUGAAACGGUUACUAUGGGCUUGUUGGAUGUAGGAUCUACUGGUGAUAGGAUUAGGCUUUCUGGUCUAGGAGCUAGAGAUAGUCUUAGACUUGAAGCAGGAAUGUGCCUCUAUGGGCAUGAUCUGGAUGAUACUACUACACCAAUCGAGGGGGGACUCAAGUGGCUAGUAGGGAAGACAAGAGCUAUGGAUGGCAAUUUCCUCGGCGCAGAAAUAAUCAGUAGACAAUACGACAGCUGGAGUUUUGUUCCUAGACGCCGGGUUGGCUUUAUCGUUGAGGGUCCACCAGCCAGAGAAGACGCAGAGAUUGUGGAGAAGGGGACGGAUGACGUUAUUGGGAAAAUAACAUCUGGUUGCCCCUCCCCGACCCUUGGCAAAAACAUUGCUAUGGGCUACAUCCAGAGCGGCUUCCACAAGCAGGGUACUGAAGUUGGUAUCAAGGUUCGUGGAAAGGAACGCAGCGGGACUGUGACAAAAAUGCCUUUUGUAGAGACAAAGUAUUAUAAGGCUCCUUAGGGGGGGGGGGUUAUUCCGUUUUUCGUUUUCAUCUGGUUUGGGUUGCGUGGGUGGCAGUUUGGAUGAAAUAUCAUUUAGGGGCUCCAUGUGAUUUAAGUAUUGGGGAGGCGUGACAUGA